AUGAAGGGCACAGCCGUCGAGGCCAUCGGCAACCUCACCGGCGCCACGUCGUGGCAACAGUCCGGGAAGGAGGAACACGCCGGCGGUGAGGCCGAGUACAAGGCAUCCCAGGCCAAGGGCUACGCUGAAGGUACUAUGGACGUUCUCGGCGGAAAGAAGGACGCCGUCGUCGGCGCCCUCACCGGUGAUCGCACCCAGGAGACGACAGGGAACGCUCGCCAGGAUAAGGGCCAGAUGCAGCAGGAGUUCAACAAGAACGCGUGA